AUGAAAAAGAGUUGGAUUUUAGUUGUUAAUUAAGUGAUACUAUGGAAGCUUUAGUUUGCUGUUCUCUGCCUUCUUUAACUAUUACCAAAGCUAGGAACAUAGUUACACGUGAUUGUUGUUCCUUAACAGUGAGAAAAACCUGGGAUUUUGGGGUUAAGAAUGCAAGAACAACAACAAAAAGAAGAACAAGGAUAGGUGUUGUGUCUGUGAGUGAUGUAACCACAGUACUUGAUCCGGCUCCUGUCGAAAUCACAUGGCAAAUUGUGGUUGGAACUAUAGCUGGGAUUACACCUUUUGUGGUGGCAGGGAUUGAAUUUAGCAAGAGAAUUAUUGCUCAAAAAAGAUGUGAGAUGUGUGGAGGAUCAGGACUUGUUUUUAGGGAUAAGAACUAUUUUCGUUGUCCAGAAUGUGGUGGAUUUCUUCCUUGGCAAUCCUGGAAAAGAUUCUUCUCCAGUUAAUGUAUUGUAGAGCAUUAUACAUCUUUGUUUGUGGCAUAUAGUAAACUUAUUUGUAAAUAUUCAAAAUACUAACUUUAUUAGGAACAUCAUACUCUUUCAUGGGAGGAAUGAAUGUUAUUUGCUUUCAUCAUCAC